AUGAGCCUCAUACUAAUUAGAUCUGUGGUUAGGAAAUUGGUGUUUUUCACCGCCGCCAUGAUAAUCUUCCCGGUGUUCACCUUUUUCGUGGUACAAUAUCUCAGCGACAAUGCGCUAGUAAGUGGCGGUAUUGCGGCAUUGGCGGCCAAUGUGGUGUUGAUAGGGUAUGUGGUUGCGGCGUUUACCGAGGAUACCGCAGCAUUGGAGAAGAAAGAGCAAUGA